AUGAUUGGCAAGCAGAUCGUUGCUCUUACUCUGCUCUCCGCCAUGGCGGAUCAGACUCUGGCUGCUCCUGGCCACCAGCACCGCCAGCUCCAUGCUGUCGAGAAGAAGCGAGCAUUGGAGAUCGAAGUAGUCACCGAAAUCGUCACCGUCACCGUCACCUACGGUGCGGAACCAACCAAGGACGAUAAGGGCGGCAUCUUCGUUUCCGUUCCUGACACCACCUCGACUUCUGUCGCCGCCGCCCCAACUGUAGAACAGCAGGUUGACAACCAGAAGCCUGCUUCCUCCAGCAGCUCGGCCCAGGUUCAGGAGAACGCCAAGCGACCCUCGUCCUCUACGUUAACCUCCACCGCUGUUGUUACCACCACUGCUCAGCCUACUACCAGUGCUGAGCCCACAACUGCCGCUCAGCCUACAACCACGGCUGUGCCAUCUUCCUCUUCGACCAGUUCGGCAGCACCUGCGAGCACAUCCUCAUCGUCUUCCGGGGGCUCUGGAGGAUCGAAGCGUGGUAUUGCGUAUAAUGACGCUACUCUGAUUAGCAAGCUCAACAAAUGCUCCUGGAUCUAUAACUGGGAGACCCAAGCCAAGGGCGGGCCCUCUGACAAGUACAUUCCUACGUUGAAGGACGCCUCUCAACAGUGGAUUACCUGGUUCAAUGAGCAGGUAGCGGAGGGAGUCUCGCUCACCUCGAGCUCCCUCAACACCAUAUUCUCUGCGAACGAACCCGAUAAUGGUGGACAGGCUGGCGCGACUAUCCCGUCCGUUGCCGCGGCUGUCCAAUUCCAAAUCGACCACUUCAACAACCUAAGGGACAGCCCACUUUCAAGCGUGAUCAAGGAGGCUAGUGUUGGUGCUCCUUCAGUCACAAACGGACAGGGCGCCAACCAGGGUCUCAACUAUCUCAAGCAAUGGGUUGAAGCCUGCAAUGCCAGAUCGAAGGAGGGUUGUAGGUUCGAUUUCUGCAACCUCCACUGGUAUGAUUACAUGAAGGCCGAAGACAGCCUAUUCUCCAACCUGGAGAAGGCCCAUGAGAUCUGUGGCGGCAAGCCUGUCUGGCUGACAGAGUUUGCUGCUCUCGAUGAAGACGAGAAGACGAUCUCCGAGUGGCUUCCUGGCGUUUUGAGCAAGCUGGAUGCUUUGGAUUAUGUUCCAAGAUACGCUUACUUCAUGGCCGGAAACUCCCAGAAAGUUGGCUGGAACCUCUUCAACUCUGACGGCUCGCUCAACGCCAUUGGCGCUGCGUAUAACAACUAG